AUGGCAGGGACCUUAGUCCUGCCGGUUGCUCUUGAGACAACUUUUGCAGGCCGUACAGGCGGUCGGCACUGCAAGUCUCAUGGAACCAGGAGGACUCCCUCAAUGUUGGCAAUGUCAUUGAACCGUCCUGUAAGGAUGGCAGCAUUUGUCGGUCUGAGAUCGGUACAUAGCUUCUCAGCCGUGCGCUCGUCCAACUUCAGGUCAACAGUUGCAUCUUACAGAUUCUCUAGACGGGGAAGGCGUGCUUCUUUUGUAACCAGAGCAAUGUUCGAGAGGUUUACUGAGAAAGCUAUAAAGGUCAUAAUGCUUGCGCAAGAGGAAGCGAGGCGCCUGGGCCACAACUUUGUCGGAACCGAGCAAGUUCUAUUGGGUCUGGUUGGAGAAGGCACUGGUAUUGCGGCAAAGGUGCUUAAGUCCAUGGGUAUAAAUCUGAAGGAUGCCCGUGUGGAAGUGGAGAAGAUCAUUGGGAGGGGCAAUGGUUUUGUUGCUGUCGAAAUACCAUUCACACCACGUGCAAAACGUGUUUUAGAGCUUUCAUUGGAGGAAGCUCGGCAGCUAGGACACAACUAUAUUGGGUCCGAGCACUUGCUUCUUGGAUUGCUUCGUGAGGGGGAAGGGGUGGCAGCUCGCGUACUUGAGUCUCUUGGUGCUGACCCCAGCAAUAUUCGUACCCAGGUUGUCCGGAUGAUUGGUGAGACAACAGAAGCUGUUGGUGCUGGAGUUGGGGGAGGGAGCAGUGGUAACAAGAUGCCGACACUUGAGGAGUAUGGGACUAAUUUAACAAAAUUAGCCGAGGAGGGAAAGCUAGAUCCUGUUGUUGGGAGGGAACCACAGAUUGAACGCGUCGUACAAAUUUUGGGCAGAAGAACCAAGAACAAUCCCUGCUUAAUUGGAGAACCGGGUGUUGGGAAAACAGCUAUUGCAGAAGGGCUUGCUCAACGCAUUUCUAGUGGCGAUGUGCCUGAGACGAUAGAGGGGAAGAAGAGACUUACAAGCAAAAUUGCAGAACUUGUGUGCACGUCUUUUGGACAAAUAAUAAGGGUAACAUGUGCAAUUAACUCCACUGGCUGGUGUAUGCAAUCAACCCCACUGGCUAGUGUCAUUACCCUUGAUAUGGGACUUCUUGUUGCUGGUACGAAAUACCGUGGAGAAUUUGAAGAACGGUUGAAGAAACUGAUGGAAGAAAUCAAACAGAGCGAUGAGAUAAUUCUCUUCAUCGAUGAAGUUCACACCCUCAUAGGAGCAGGAGCCGCCGAAGGUGCUAUUGAUGCUGCUAAUAUUUUAAAGCCAGCUUUAGCAAGAGGAGAACUACAGUGUAUUGGAGCCACCACGCUUGAUGAAUACAGGAAGCAUGUUGAGAAAGAUCCAGCAUUAGAAAGACGUUUCCAGCCAGUAAAGGUACCGGAACCAUCAGUUGAUGAGACCAUAGAAAUUCUCAGAGGGCUCCGGGAGCGAUAUGAGAUCCAUCAUAAACUUCGUUACACUGAUGAUUCUUUGAUUGCAGCUGCUAAGCUAUCUUAUCAAUAUAUCAGUGAUCGUUUCCUCCCAGAUAAAGCAAUUGAUUUGAUUGAUGAAGCAGGUUCACGUGUUAGGCUUCGACAUGCCCAGGUUCCUGAGGAAGCCAGAGAGCUUGACAAGGAGCUUAAGCAAAUAACGAAAGAUAAAAAUGAAGCUGUCCGUGGCCAGGAUUUUGAGAAGGCUGGAGAGUUGCGAGAUCGUGAAAUGGAAUUGAAGGCCCAGAUAACAGCCUUGAUUGACAAGAGCAAGGAGAUGAACAAAGCAGAGACUGAGUCGGGAGAGACGGGGCCGAUGGUGCAUGAAUCAGAUAUCCAGCACAUUGUGUCAUCAUGGACUGGUAUUCCAGUGGAGAAAGUCUCGACUGACGAAUCUGAUAAACUUCUUAAGAUGGAAGAGACAUUGCAUAAGCGUGUCAUCGGCCAAGACGAGGCUGUGAAAGCAAUAAGUCGGUCUGUUCGCCGUGCUCGUGUGGGCCUCAAGAGCCCCAACAGACCAAUUGCGAGCUUCAUUUUUGCAGGUCCCACUGGUGUUGGGAAAUCAGAGCUUGCAAAGACUCUGGCAUCAUAUUACUUCGGCUCUGAAGAAGCCAUGAUCCGGCUGGAUAUGAGUGAGUUCAUGGAGAGGCACACUGUGUCCAAGUUGAUCGGUUCACCACCAGGCUAUGUGGGAUACACUGAAGGUGGGCAGCUGACGGAGGCGGUUCGACGGCGGCCAUACAGCGUUGUGCUUUUUGAUGAGAUUGAGAAGGCACAUCCGGAUGUGUUCAACAUGAUGCUCCAGAUCCUGGAAGACGGAAGGUUAACCGACAGCAAGGGGAGAACAGUGGACUUCAAGAACACGCUCCUGAUAAUGACAUCAAAUGUUGGGAGCAGCGUGAUUGAGAAGGGGGGGAGGAAGAUCGGGUUCGACCUCGACUCGGACGAGAAGGACAGCAGCUAUGGCAGGAUCAAGAGCUUGGUGAUCGAGGAGAUGAAGCAGUACUUCCGACCAGAGUUUCUCAACCGUCUGGACGAGAUGAUCGUCUUCAGACAGCUGACCAAGCUGGAAGUCAAAGAGAUCGCGGACAUAAUGCUGCAGGAGGUUUUCACCAGGCUCAAGACCAAGGACAUCAACCUGCAGGUGACGGAGAAGUUCAAGGAGCGGGUCGUGGACGAAGGGUACAACCCUAGCUACGGAGCGCGGCCGCUGAGGAGGGCCAUCAUGAGGCUCCUGGAGGACAGCCUCGCGGAGAAGAUUUUGGGCGGGGAGGUCAAGGAGGGCGACUCUGUCAUCGUUGAUGUGGACCCGGAGGGGAAAGUCAUUGUGCUGAAUGGCGAGAGCGGACUGCCGGAGCUUCCAACCCCGGCGGUCGCUGUUUAG